GUGUUUUUCAUCGGAAAGAACGUCUAUCGGAAUUUAAAUUCCAUUUUCAAAUAUUUUAGAUAGGUUAUUUGAACCCCUGGACAGAACUCAGAAUGGCGCAACUGAAUGUAAAAGCUGCGGUCAUUACCGGAGGUGCCCGCGGGAUUGGGUUUUCUGUCGCUGAGGAGCUGCUCAAAAGUGGAGUUGAGAAACUCCUCAUUCUUGACAUUGCCGGCAGCCUGGACGCCGGGAGGGAAAACACCCUGAAGGUGCUUAACCCCAUGGCGUCGAUAUUCUACAGUCAAUGCGAUGUAACAGACAAAUCGGCACUGGAAAAAGCGCUUCAGCAAGACGCAGUCCAAUGGCUGGGGUCGAUUGAUGUUCUGGUGAAUUGUGCGGGAGUUUUUGCCGAACAUGAUGUCGCUCGUACUGUUGCAGUGAAUUUGUCAGCAUUGAUCAACAGCACCAUGAUCGCUUUCGACGUGAUGGGCAAACACAAAUCGGGUUCUGGAGGAUGCAUUGUUAACAUUGCAUCGGUGGCCGGGCUAGAGCCCACCGAUUUUUGUGCAAUUUAUAGUGCCACCAAAUGCGGCGUCGUUGGCUUUACUCGGGCCAUGGGAAGUGAGACUAACUUCCAACAUACUGGAAUCAAAGUGGUGGUUAUUUGCCCAGGGCCAACCAAUACAAUUAUGAUGAAUACUGUAGAUGAGCAGCCAUGUUCAACGACGUAUCCCUGGUUGAAGACGAAACAAGAAUCAGUAGUCAAGCCGCCAUAUCAGGAGCCGUGGCGCUCCGUUGGCCGUCGUCCACUUCGGACCCGUACAAGUUCAAGGUCCAUAAGCAGCUGUUUAUCGCCGCCGAGGGUAUGUACACCGGUCAGUUUGUGUACUGUGCGCGCCCAGCUCCCGAUCGGUCUGAUGCCCGAAGGUACCAUCGUGUGCAACCUGGAGAAGAAGACCGACGAUCGGGGCAAGCUGACCCGUACCUCCGGCAACUAUGCCUCGGUCAUUGCCCACAAUCCGGAUACCAAGCGUACCCGUGUGAAGGUGCCGUCCGGCGCCAAGAAGGUUCUACCUUCGAACAACCCAGCCAUGGUCGGUAUCGUUGCCGGUGGUGGUCGUAUCGAUAAGCCCAUCGUUAAGGCCGGUCGUGCCUACCACAAGUACAAGGCCAAGCGUGGUGGUAACCAUCAGCACAUCGGUAAGGCCUCGACCGUCAAGCAAGGAACUCUUCCAGGUCGCAAGGUCGGUCUUAUUGUUGCCCGUCGUACCGGCCGUAUUCGAGGUGGCAAGGGAGUCGAGAAGUUCAAGGAGAAGGAGAAGAAGGACAAGAUUAUUUCAGGGAUUUUCAGUCCUACCUUGGUUGAAACUGCGAGAGGGACACCUUGGGUAGCUGACUCCGCACUUCCUCGCUUCCGCUCUUCUUUCCAGGCUGCACAGCGGCGCGGGCAGCGAAGUAUGUCUUUGGUGGGAAAAACAGCCGUCAUAACCGGUGGAGCGAGUGGUAUCGGAUUCGCUGCAGCCGAGGAACUAAUCAAGAGUGGAGUUGAGAAAAUCCUAAUCCUGGACAUUGGGCAAAGUUUGGAUUCCCGAAAAGAAGGUGCCCUAAAGGCUCACAACAAAAAAGCCUCAAUUUUCUACGCGCAAUGUGAUGUUACCGAUAAGACCGUUCUGGAAAAACGUCUUCGCCAGGAUGCUCUCAAAUUGCUUGGCUCCAUCGAUAUACUCGUAAAUUCGGCCGGAAUUUUCGCAGAAAACAAUCCGACCCGUACGGUUGCUGUGAAUUUUAUGGGACUUAUUGAUUGCACCCUGAUAGCGAUCGAUUUAAUGGGUAAGCAUAAAUCGGGAUCCGGUGGAGCCGUCGUCAACAUUUCUUCGGUGGCCGGAAUUGAACCUGCUGAUUUUGGCGCCGUUUACAGUGCUACUAAGUAUGGAAUAGUUGGUUUUACUCGUGCUUUAGGGAGCAAAGACGUCUUUGAACGUACCGGUGUCAAGAUAGUGGCGAUAUGUCCAGGAUCAACCGACACAGGCUUGUUUGAUGAAUUCAAACAGGAAUCAUUUUCGGUCACCUUCCCUUGGCUAAAGGCGAAACAAAUGGCAGUAAUGGAUCAAACCUUUCUGCAACCAGCCAGUGCUGUUGGAAAAGGUGUUGUCCAAUUAGUGAAUGGUGCUGAAUCCGGAUCUGUGUGGAUUUCCAAAGACAAUAAAAUAUUGGCUGUGAACUUUGUACCAAAUGAACAUUUGUGAAUAAAUUUUCCUACAAUUCCU